UUUGAUUCAGUCAUCCCCAAACAUGGCAGAGGGAGGGAUGUGCAGCUCUGAACUACAGAAGUUCGGCGACGAUCAUCUUCUGUGUUCAAUUUGUUACGAAAUGUAUACAAAGCCUAAGACUUUAUCCUGCCUGCACAGCUUCUGUGAAAAAUGUCUUCUCACCUACGCAAAAUCAGCUAAGAAAAACGUCAGGUGUCCCCUGUGCAACCACUUGACUCUGAUUCCAGCGGGUGGCGUUAAUAACCUGCCGACGGAUUUCAGGCUGGGAAGCAUGACAGAAACGGUGUUGCAAAGCCAGAAGCAGGCAGUGCCGACAUGUACCACUCACGCUGGAAAAAGAUGCGAAGUCUACUGCGCAACCUGCUCCGAGAUCAUAUGCGUGACGUGUCUUACGGAAUCCCACAAUCGCCACGAUCUGAAGGAAAUAGCUGUCACGGUGGCUGCUGCAAAGCGAGAGUUUAUCAGAGAUUUCUUACCGAUGUACGAAACAUCGCUUCCAAAAGUCGCAGAGAGUUUAGAAACAGUCUCGGAGAUGAAAGUGGAUUUGCUGAAAGCAGUUGAGAAAAUCAGACAAGAGAUUGCGGUCACAACUAAGCGUGAAAUAGGUAGAGUGGUCGCAGCAAACCGUCGCAUUAAGGACGAACUAGAUCAUAUCCAGACGAUGAAAGAAAAUGACUACGCCGAGCUCACAAAAAACUUACUCGCCGUGAAGAAAGACCUGGAGGAUGCGAUCGGAUACUCCACGGGCGAAAUGCAAAAGAGCGAUUACGAUUUCUUCAGAAGAUUUCCAGAAAUGAGCCGCGGUUUCCGAUUGCUUGCAGAUCGUCGUCACUUGCCCCGUUUCGUGCGUGACUCGUCGCCGGUCAUAUUCCUGCCAGACGAAGACGCCAGUCUCGGGUUUUUGUUGACGAGGGUUGAAAGUGUGAAAUAUGUCUCGAUUAUCGAUUGUUAUAAUGAAGGUGCUGGCGAUGGCGAUGAUGAAGGUGAUGAUGAAAAUGAUAGUGGUGGGGACGAAGGUGGUGAUUAUGGCGGCGGUGAUUAUGGCGGUUGUGGUGAUGAUUAUGAAACUGACCACAAUGAUGGUUGUGAAAGCAACACUAGAGGGCGCCAAAAGACAUUUAUCGGACGUCUUAGCGAGUAUCUAUCUACCGCACUAUACCUAUCUGUCGACUUGUUGCCAUCCGAUCCCGUGAAGAGAUCUGAGUCAGAUUUGGAUUGAA